AUGGACUCCAAUGCCGUGCAUGGCUCUUCAACUCCGUCUGGAUCUCUUAAACCCUCGGAUCCUCCCUGUCCAAUGCUUCGCACACAGUUCACUGUGGAUAAAGAUGUCGUCGCUCGCCUGGACGACACUUCCGUUGAAAUCAAAGGCAUCGUCUCCAGGCUCUUUCCCGACGAGACCCUGCCUGCUGCAAAUUUGCUGAAGGUAAUCCGCCCUUUGGUUGGCGUGCUCUAUAGCAAGCGCCUCCGAAGAUGGCCAAAGUACCCGACUCUAUCCCCCGAACUCGACGUUGCUAGCCAGGCCCGCGAUACCGCGCAGUUCCUCAACGCGAUCGCUUACCGCUGCUCUCUACUCUUCAAUGACCCAGAGAAGACUCGCACACGCCGCAGGUGGGCUGUUGCCGAGAGUAUCAGGACGCUCGUCGACGGAGACGAAGUACAGGCCAUCGGCAUCGUCCUGCAUGCACCCGACAGAGUACCGGGGCGCUGGGCAGAUGUUCUCUGUGAUGUGCAGGUCGCGGCGGAGGCCGAA